ACAAAAGCAUCUGCUGGUUCGAAUUUUGAAACAGGUUCACAUUCUCAAUCUAGAAGAUUCUAAUUACCCCUACGGGUUGAAAACUUGUUCGAAAGGACAUUUUCGAGUUAAUAAAUUACCCUAAAAAGUUGCUCUUACAUUGUAGCUGCUGCAGAUGCACCUUGAGACGUAUUUCGUGCUUCGAUUGAAGAUGAGGCCGAUAAACACGUAAAAUGCGUCAGGUCAAAUCUAGUUUUGCUCGAGAAGAUGCUGCGUGCGAGAUCACAACUGUAAUAGGCCUACGUUUUUUUGUUUUUUUUUCUCUACUCAAAGGAUUAAUGACCUUCAUUUGAAUAACUGCAUCAUUUUGUUGCUAGUAGUGCAUUACCCUUCUACUUCUUUGAAGAAGCACAUUCUUUACGUAAGCCUUGCUACUCAAGCCUUGGACUUCAUUAUCGGUCACAUAAUAAAAAAAUAAGCGGAAACCCCACGUCCAUUAUACCUAUAGGUGAUUUUUUUUUCGUCGUAAGAUUAUUCAUUACUUUGUAAGUGUCAGUUGGUGACAUAUAUCGUGAUCGUGAAGUGGUAAAAUUAAUAUCAAAAAUAUACCUACAAUAAUGAAUACGGUAACCAGUUCUUUCGUGAUUUUAUCAUCUUUACUAUGCAUCGCAUACGCCUACCCUGCAAAUAUCCCAAUCGAGAGAGAUUUGAAUACCGCAGAAACAAUUUGGGAUAUAUUUAAUCAAGGAGGAAGAGGAUACAGCGGAUGGGGUACUGGAGUGCAAUCAAAUCCUGUCGUAGCAAAUCCCUACACUAGUUAUCCUACUAGUUAUGCUGCUUAUCCUACUUAUGCAACGUACGGAGUCGGAAACAACUAUUAUGGCAAAUAUCCUUCCGUAGGAUCAGUAGGAUCAGUGGGCUCUGUAUAUCCUGGUUACGCUAGUGGAUUCCCAACUUAUGAAAAUUAUGCCGUUCACGGAGGUCACGGAUUUGGAAAAUACGGAAAAUAUUAAAUUAUAAAUGAGCCAAAAUGAUAUUUCAAGUUUUUUUCCCUUAAUUUUUCGAUACCUCAUUUUUGUAUCAAACGUUUUUGUAUAAAAAGGUUAUAUUUUGUAUAAUCUCGUAAUUUAUAAUAUCAUUAUGUAUUCUUGAUUUUAAAAAAUGAAAUAAAUUUUUAAAAUCAAUUCUUA